AAUAAACUCAAUACUAGGUAGUUAACUUUGAACUUCGCAUUCCACACUUUUAUAUUCCGCAUUUCGCAUUUCACCUUUCGCAUUUCCUCUUCUCCCUAACCUAUACCGUCAGUGCAACCUUCGCUUAAAACCUGUCAAAUACAUAAGACCUAUCUGCAUUGCAUUUGUACCAUGAAUCUGUUUGUUCCCACUCAUAACUAGAUCUUACUUCUGUCUUUCUGCGCCCCAAUAUGCUACGAGACCCAUCAGGACAUAAGUGUCAACAGUCAAGAUAGACUUACGUCACUGAACUGCUGAGCCCCCUGGCCUGGUGCGAAUAAAACCAACAAAUAAAUAACUUGGAUAUUGACUCGGCCUCGGAUUGGCUCAUCCCAUCAUCAGAAUCACCACCAUGAACCAAACCUUGGAUCAUGUGUCAGUACAUAGCCGUCAGCCAAGUUUUGGUAGUCAAUCAAGCUUGUCACCCCUCACAUUCGCUACCCUACAUGAUCCACGAUCCUCUUCUACCCAAUCCUUAGUACCUUCUUCGUUUGGAAAUGAAAAGGAUGGCCGGCGCAAGCUUCUUAUCAUUUACAUACAUGGUUUUAUGGGUAGCGAUGCCUCUUUUCAGUCCUUCCCAGCUCAUGUCCACCGCUAUCUCAAGAUAGCCCUCGCCGAGACUCAUGUCAUUCACUCAAAGAUCUAUCCAAGAUAUAAGACCUACAAGGCCCUUGAUGUAGCUCGCGACAACUUCAGUAAGUGGCUGGCACCACAUGAGUCUCCCAACACCGAUGUGGUGCUUGUCGGUCACUCCAUGGGAGGCUUGUUGGCUGCAGAGAUCGCCUUGAUGCCAUCAAGAAACCAGCAUAGUGGUAGCUACUUUCUUCACCGCAUCCUGGGCACAGUCAACUUGGAUGCGCCCUUCCUCGGGCUACAUGCUAGUGUUAUUACUGCUGGUAUUGCCAGUUUAUUCCGGCCCAAGCCUGAUGUAGCAGACCCGCCAGAGGAGCCGAUACCAGAUGACGAGACAAUCCACUCUUUGUACAAUGUACCCUCGGAAAGCACCUCGUUAUAUUCGGGCCCAUCCGCUGCUUCUCAGUUUUCAUUGUCUACCCCAGGGUCGCCAGGGUCAAUUGUUCCCUAUGGUAUGACGUUUGACCCUAAUUUUAACCCGGCAUUUCCCAACGACGCCCGUGUUCAGGAUAGGGGCUGGUGGAGAAAUAUUGUCCAUUUCGUUGACAAACACAACGCCGAAGGCUUGAUUGAUGCUGCCAGCAACCAUAUCAUGUCAUAUUUGGAAUACGGGGGGUGCCUAGUGGAUGGCAAAGGUCUCAAAACACGUUAUAAUAACAUUCGUGGCCUAGAGGAUAUGGACGAUUUAAAGAAUCACGGAUUCCCUCACAUACCCCCGCAAGUACGCUUCGUUCAGUAUUACACUAUUUGCCACGGUUAUCCCAAGCAGCCUAAGCAGCCCAAGCAAUCUCAGCGCCGGAACUCUAAUCACGGUUCGGAAUCCUCUAGAUUGCCAAGGGAGACAUGUUCGGGUUCUACAACACCACGAAUCUCAAUUCAAAGCCACAGCGGCCCUCCAAGCCCCUUGAGUCUUAUGAGUGCUGUUGCUGAAGAGGAUACUCUAUCCCAGGGUGCUUUUACUACGCAAAGUAAGAACUCUGGUCUGGCACUACUGGACCCUGAGCCAAUCUCCGAAGAGGCUGAACCAGCACCUGGAUCUAGUGUAGUGGACGAGUCAUCAGACAAUGUCGAGCACAGUAUCUCAGAAAAUAGUCAACCAGCUACCGGCCCUCCUGACAACGGAAUUAGUACACUUCCAGAUCUCCAGGAAGGCCAUGAAGGUGCCUCGCCUCACAGAUCCUCAGAGAAUGAUGCAGCAACGGCGGAUAUCACUCGCGCCGUUGUAUCACUAGGUCUUGAUCUUCCUGCUAUCCCAGAACUUCCCACGAAACCAGAGCUACCGGAUCUGGAACAGUACGCUGAUAAGAACGCACGGAAACAAGCUGAAAGGGAAGGGAAGCGAAUUCAGAAAGAAUACGCUAAGCUCGUAAAAGACCGCGAGAGGGCCAUUAGAGAAAGACAAAAGACUUUCGACAAGAGGAAAAAGAAGCUGGCACAAGAGACGGAGAAGCAAGAGAAGGAAGAAAAGAAACGGCGUAAGAAGGAAGAGGCUCUCGCUGCUGCUGCUGCUGCUGCUGCGCAAACAAACUCGGGUUUAGAGGAAGUAACGCCAACAGACGCAGUUUUGAGCCCGCAAGCAUCACAACCAGGCUGUGAUGCAAAUGCGAUAUCACCUACUCCAAAACCCCCUGGGGAUAGUCGAAAUAAGGGUAAAACCUCGAAGCCACCAAAGGAGCGCAAAUUUUGCAAUAUACACAAAGUAGAUGGCGGAGUCGACCCGAAGUGGGUGCAAAUAUUUAUCAAGGAUACCGACCAAGUUGGUGCCCAUACAGGCCUAUUUUUCAAAGGCGAGCACUAUGAAAAACUUGUUGGCGACGUUGGGGAUACCGUCCUGAAAUGGGUCCAGGACGAUAUGACGAAAAGGGCUAUUCUGGAUAUGGGACCAGAGGUGGAUUGAUAUGCUAAUAGUGUUAAUAGGGGAUACGUACUGCUAAGGAGCGCAGCAGCAUGCAUUACAUAAGAUCAAGAUACCCAAUGAGACGAUAAUGAGAAAUACCUAAUAAUUGACGAGCAGCAAGAGAAUUGAUCAAGUGUCAUAGAGAUUUGUAUGUUUAUUGUCCAUUAAUCUAAAUCGAUAAAGAACAUGGCAUCUUUAC